AUUGCCACCACUGUUAUUGUCUGAACUGAACCGAAGAACACAAUCUUAUCCAUUACAUCGAAAGAGCACAGAAGAACAACAAUGGCGAUUCUCUGUUCGUCUUCGGCAGUUAUACUCCCUUCUUCUUCUUCGGUGAAAACCUCCGGAUGUAACAGAAGGUCUUCGUUCUUAGGCUUCUCUCUAAAUGCUAUCUCAAAGCCGCCGGUUCGAGUCGCCACUAACGCGAACACGAAGAGGGGAGUGCAGGUGAAGUGCGAAGCCGAGCAGACAACUACUACUUCCCUCGUUCCUGCAAACCAACGGUGGAUGUUCGACGAAGAGGAAGCAAAUGGCCCUGACAUCUGGAACACAACAUGGUACCCAAAGGCUUCAGACCAUGUGAACACGGACAAGCCCUGGUAUGUGGUCGAUGCAACCGACAAGAUUCUGGGAAGGUUAGCAUCAACCAUUGCUAAUCACAUCCGUGGGAAGAACCUUGCCUCCUACACUCCCAGUGUCGACAUGGGAGCCUUUGUCAUUGUGGUGAAUGCUGAGAAAGUGGCUGUGUCUGGAAAGAAAAGGAACCAAAAGCUGUACAGGAGGCAUUCAGGACGACCUGGCGGCAUGACAGUGGAAACCUUUGAUCAGUUGCAGCAGAGAAUCCCUGAGAGAAUCAUUGAGCAUGCUGUUCGUGGAAUGCUCCCAAAGGGACGGCUUGGGAGAGCUUUGUUCAAUCACCUGAAGGUGUACAAAGGCCCAGACCAUCCUCAUGAGGCACAGAAGCCGCUUGAUCUGCCUAUCAGGGACAAGAGAAUACAGCUGCAGAAAUAGAUAACACCAUGGAGUAUAUCUACUAAGCUCCAGUUUUUUACUUCUCGGGUUUGUGUAGUUUCUUCAUCUCAAAACCAGAGGGGAGACUUUGAAGAUUCUUGAUUCUGUUGCCUGCAACUAUCAACUCUAUGCUAUAAAGUUUUUUAGUGUGAAUUUUUUUUUUGCUGCUAACUAUCUUAAUGAUAUAAUUUGGCUACCGCAACA